AUGCUUCGACAGUUACCCGAGGAAGCAAAAUCAUACCUCUUGAAGAUUAUUAAUAAAAUCUGGGAUACUGGAAAUCAUUUAUCUUCCCCAUUCAAACUAGAAGAAGGUGUUCCACAGGGGAGCGUGCUAAGUGUAACUUGUUUUACUGUUGCCAUUGAUAGAGUCAUCAAAGAAAUUUCAAAUCCUGUACGGGCCUCACUUUUUGUUGAUGAUCUAGCUAUUUAUUGCACUGCAUAUGAUGCUGAAUUGGCUUGCAAGUAUUUACAAAAAUCCAUCGACUCUCUCUGUCGAUGGGCAAAACAAAAUGGUUUUAGGCUCUCUACCAGUAAGACAGUUGCUGUUCACUUUACAAGGAGUAGACGUCAAGAAGUUGUACCAAAUUUGAAACUUGAUGGGUCUGUUCUACCAUAUGCGGAUGAUGUCAAGUUCUUAGGAAUGAUUUUUGAUUCCAAACUCACAUGGUUUAAGCAUAUUGAAAAUUUAAAGUGCAAAGUAAAGAAAUCUCUCAAUCUUCUGAAAGUGGUCUGUGGCUUUAACUGGGGUGCAGAUAAGAAAACUUUGCUACUACUAUAUGAUGCAUUAUGUAGAUCAAAGUCAGAUUACGGAUGCCAGAUUUAUUCACCAGCUUGCAAAAGUAAACUCCACGAACUUUAUGUAGUCCAAAUGGGUUUACGUAUUUGCUCUGGGGCUUUUCCAACAUCCCCCGUCGAGAGUCUUUAUGUGGAUACGCACCAACUUCCACUUGAUUUACGACGUGAAGAAUUAGGCCUCCGAUACUUGAUGAAGAUAAAAAGUAAUGCUAGCAAUCCAUCAAAAAAGGUUAUUAAUCAACUUGAUGCUAGCAAAUUCAAGCCAAGAUCUUCUGUUCCAUUCCAGAUCCGGCUAAAUGCAUCUGUAAAUGAAAAUUGUAUACUGACUCAGAAUGUUCAUGGAUUGGCCCCUUCCAAAAUUCCACCUUGGUUCAUACCAAAAGCUGAACUGUGCAAGAAAAAUAUAGUAAAAAAGAACACCCCCAAUGUAGAAAUAAAGUCACUGUUUUUAGAACAUGAUGAAGUUCAUAAUAACGUCUAUAAAAUUUAUACAGAUGGCUCAAAGUCAAGCGAGGGAGUAGGUUUAGCUGUGCUCACUGAUAAUUUUUGUACUGUUGCAAAGCUACCUCCAGCUGCUUCAGUAUAUACAACUGAACUAUCUGCUAUUGUAAAAGCCCUAGAUAUAGCAUAUCAUUCAAAUAAGAAGUCUUGUGUCAUAUACUCAGACUGUAAAAGUGCUCUGGAAAGCCUGAACAGUUAUAAUUCUUCCCAUCCUUUAGUACAAAAGGCUCGGGCGUGGCUGUUUCGCAUUUCUUGUAGGCGUAAAACUACAUAUUUGUUGGAUUCCUGGUCAUGUUGGGAUCCCAGGUAA